AUGCGUUUUGCUAUUGUCUACAGGGGCCAGGAUCAGGCAGUUGCCAUCGAUGAGGAGUUGAUGGGACCGCUGGGCUUCAGCGUGGAUCAGCUCAUGGAAGUUGCAGGGCUCAGUGUGGCCUGUUCACUGGCGUCAGAGUACCCUGCAGCCUCACAUCCCCGUAUACUGGUCGUGGCAGGCCCUGGCAACAAUGGUGGGGAUGGACUGGUGGCUGCACGCCACCUGUUCCACUUUGGGUACUCUGUGCAGGUACUUUAUCCAAAGAAGACAGACAAGCCCUUGUACCAUGGCCUGGUGACGCAGCUAAAGUCAUGCAACAUACCGUUCCUCUCGGCUGAAGACAUCCUUGACGGGCCACCCCUCAAGGAGCGGUAUGAUGUGAUUAUAGAUGCCAUAUUUGGUUUCAGCUUCAAGGGCUCGCCUCGGCCUCCCUUUGACAAGAUUCUCGAGCGCUUGAAGCCGCACAACGAGCCGCCAGCCAUCGCCUCGGUGGACAUGCCCUCGGGGUGGCAUGUGGAGAAUGGGGACGAGAUUGGGGAUGGCCUGCGCCCUGAGAUGCUCGUGUCCUUGACCACUCCGAAGCGGGGAGCGCAAUUCUUCGAAGGACCUUUCCAUUACCUUGGGGGACGCUUUGUCCCCCCCAUAAUCAAGGAGAAGUACAAGCUAAACCUGCCCCCCUACCCUGGCACUUCCCAGUGUGUGAAGCUGUCGGGAAGCCAGGCAGCCGGCAAUAAUGGCGAAGUGGACCCGGCAUCUAUCCGCCUGAAUUACUCCCUGGCAGAUGUGAGCGGCGGCCUGCUGGAGUCUGAUGUGGACCCCGACCCCCUCAAGCAGUUUGACAGUUGGUUCAAGGACGCGGUGGAGGCGAAGGUACUGGAGGAGCCGAAUCAGAUGGCGCUGGCAUCGGCGGACGAGCGGGGCGUUCCCUCCGUUCGCAUGGUCCUGCUGAAGGGCUACGACGCGCGCGGCUUUGCGUUCUACACCAAUUAUGACAGCCGCAAGGCGUGCGAGCUUGCCAACGGUCACGCCGCCCUCUGCAUGUACUGGGAGCCCCUGCAGCGCCAGGUGCGCGUGGAGGGCACUGUGGAGAAGCUGCCAGAGGAGGAGUCGGAUGCAUACUACCACUCGAGGCCACGCGGCUCCCAGCUGGGCGCGCACGUCAGCCCCCAGUCAACUGUGCUGGAGGAUGGCCGGGCCUCUCUGGAGGACAGAAACACGCAGCUGAAAGAGUUGUACGCGGAUGAGUCCAAAGAGAUCCCAAGGCCGAAGAACUGGGGAGGCUUCCUGAUACGGCCAAAGGCCAUCGAGUUCUGGCAUGGGCGGCCAUCGCGACUGCAUGAUCGGCUGCGCUACCAGUUGGAGGAUGGGCAGUGGAGCAUGGAUCGCCUUGCACCCUGAAUACCAUUACUGAAUUUCAAAUGCACGAGUCAAUGAUGAUCUGCUGCAAAGGCGCAGACCACCUGUGGUUGCAUCUGGCGCAUGUGCCACAGCUUGCAUGGAUCAUCCAGUUGGGGUGGUCCAGCCCAAAAAGAGAGUCAGAAGGUGAAGGGUCAUACAAAGUGCGCGCGUUUGUAAAUUUAGUGAACG